AUGUCUUCCGCCGCGACUCUACGGUGGAACUCUACAGUGACUCUAGAUAGAGUCGCCCAGUUAACACCAGUCGAUAGCGCUUUCCAAGGGAAAGUCAACGGAAAAAACCGCGUCGCUCUACGACCAGCGGUUUCCGAGAUAUCACGCCUUAAAGAUUUCCAAGAUGGCGGCCGGUUAUCUGGUUUCAGUCUAGACCGAAAAUCAAAAAAUUAUAUCUCGAGAACCGCUGAUCGCAGAAACACGAGCGACGGCUUCCCGUAA